UCGAGACGUCUCCAGCACCCCGGAGAGCAAAGAGAGAAUCGAAAAUCUCUUCAGCUUCUCUCUCUCUGUCUUUUUUUUUUUUUUUUUAGAGAGAAAGAGAAAGAAACAAACCCUAAUUUUCUCUCUCUAACUCCUCUCUUUCUCUCUCUCGCACGGUACCCACAGUUAGGGUUUCACUCAUCCAACUUCAAAAAUGCACAAAUUGGGCAGAGGUCACCGUGACAAACUUCAGCAGUUUAUGACAAUCACCGGUGCAAGUGAAAAAUCUGCCCUUCAGACUUUAAAGGCCAGCGAUUGGCAUCUUGAAGGAGCCUUUGAUGUAUUCUACAGCCAGCCCCAGAGCAAAUCAUUUACUGACUCUAGACAUUUGGAGGAGCUCUUCAAUAGAUAUAAAGAUCCAUAUAGUGAUAUGAUACUGGUUGAUGGUAUAACUCUCCUUUGCAAUGAUAUUCAGGUGGAUCCGCAAGAUAUUGUUAUGUUAGUUGUUUCAUGGCACAUGAAAGCUGCUACCAUGUGUGAAUUUUCCAAGCAGGAGUUUAUAGGUGGACUACAAGGACUAGGGAUAGACUCUUUGGAGAAGUUCUGUGAAAAGAUUCCAUUUAUGCGCAUGGAGCUGAAAGAUGAUCAAAAGUUCCGUGAGAUAUAUAACUUUGCGUUUGGCUGGGCAAAAGAAAAGGGUCAGAAAUCUUUAGCAUUGGAUACAGCUAUUGGAAUGUGGCAAUUACUGUUUGCCGAAAAGCAGUGGCCAUUGGUUGAUCACUGGUGCCAGUUCUUACAGGCUCGGCAUAACAAAGCAAUAUCUAGGGACACGUGGUCUCAACUAUUGGAGUUUGCAAGGACGGUGGACCCUGCAUUAACAAAUUAUGAUGCUGAAGGUGCAUGGCCCUAUCUUAUUGAUGAAUUUGUUGAAUACUUGAAUGAAAAUGGCAUCAUCCAAAAUGUCCAGUUGAAUGAUUUGAGCCAAAAACGAUGACGAGGUGCUGAAGUAGUGUUUAGUCAUCUUUCUUUAGUGUGGUUAAAUUGCGAUGUUGUGUGAUAGUUUUGGUCUAUCACUAAAAGGUAAAAUCCCCCAAAAAGGAAUGAGAAGACAUGAGUUCCAAUUCAACCUUGUUUUCCACUGACGAUUCAUUUGCAACCUUUGUAGUUAAUGGGACUGCUGAUGUGGUAUAUGCAUUUUCCUGUAAAAUAAGUUAUGAGAAUUGAGAACCUACUAGUACUACUAAGCACUAGUGUUGGAAUUUUUUUUUUGUUUGGAUAAAAUAUUUCCUCUAUACGAUAUUAUGGACUUGGUAUUUGAAA